UCUGAUUGGCCAUUUUUAUGUAUAAAUAUGACACAAAAAAGGAACAAAUAGUUUCUUUUUUGCAGACACUCAGGUUCAGACUAGUUCUCUGUUUUCAAUUUCUAAUGUUUUUACUCUUCUGUUGGUUCUGUUUUUAAAACUGAUUUUAUUCUGUCUCUUUACAGUGUUUCUACUUUGGUGUUUCUUUUUUCAUUACAUUGUUCUUCUAUUUUCUUUUUUCAACGUGUCUCUUGCAUUUCUAUUAUUCUUCUUGUUUCUUUUUUUUUUUAAUCACUCACUCUGACCAGAUUUCAAUCACCAUGUCCGACUGGAGCCACUGUUUCCAUUUUGGUGUUUCUCUGGCCAAUCAGGCUGCUGAGAUCAUCCUGACGUCCUUCCAGAAGCAGAAGGCUGUGAAGCUGAAAAGUUCUCCUGCUGAUCUGGUGACAGAAACUGACCAGAGGGUGGAGACGUUCCUCAUCUCUGCCAUCAGAACCCAGUUUCCAAACCACAGAUUUAUUGGGGAAGAGUCGGUGGCAGCAGGUGAAGCCCUGGAGUUGACAGACACGCCCACCUGGAUCAUUGACCCUAUCGAUGGGACGGUCAACUUUGUCCACAGGUUUCCAUUUGUUGCCGUUUCCAUCGCCUUUGCAGUCAACAAGCAGACAGAGUUCGGUGUAGUUUACAGCUGCGUGGAGAAUAAACUUUUCUGCGCUCAGAGAGGGCGCGGAGCUUUCCUGAAUGGAGAACCACUGCACGUGUCUGGACAGGAAGACAUCAGCAGGUGUGUGAUUGUCACGGAGAUCGGCCCAGAGCGUGAUGACUUGGCUCUGUCAACUAUGACCUCCAACAUCUACAGGCUCCUACGACUUCCUGUCCACGGUGUGAGGGCGUUGGGAACGGCAGCAGUGGACAUGUGUCAGGUGGCAGUGGGUGGGGCUGAUGCCUACUUCCAUGUGGGUCUGCACUGCUGGGACAUUGCAGCGUCAGCCAUCAUUGUGCAGGAAGCUGGGGGCGUCGUCAUUGAUACAAAUGGUCUGCACUUCGAUAUGAUGUCCAGACGGGUCAUUGCUGCUAGCUCUGCUUCUGUUGCUCAACGCAUUGCCGAUGUGAUCCAGGUAUUUCCUUGUCGCCGUGAUGACGAGGACCCCUACAGUUCUGUGUGUGGUGAUGCAGGUGCAUGUGAAAACAAACACGUGUGAACAAUGACAAACAGGAAAUUGAGUGUUUCCUCUCAAAGGCUACAAAUAAAGAAGAAAAGGUGA